UGAGACUCAAUAGCAACUCUGGCACUUGAAGGUGUCCGCAUUGAAUGCGCUUUGCCUUGCAGGUUUCAUUCCUUUGAAAAACCAGGUGUAAACGGAUUUACAGCUAUCUUCUCUCAGGUCCCACCCACGUUCUUCUUCAACCUCAAGUGCCCUUCAUCACUUUCACUGCAUUUUCCUGUUAGUUGCUUUUAAAGCACACCACGGCUUUCUGCUUUCUUCAGAAUUCCCAUUUUCCUCUCUCUUUCCCUACUCUUCUUUGCUGACUUCUUCCCAAAAUUGAAGUUCCUUCACCUGACUGGGGGAAAAGAAUUUAGGGUGGAGUGUCCGCGUUUUGUAGGAAAAUGGAAACUUUACCCAUUCGAAUGGGGUGGCCAUCUACUGUUAUUUGGUUUUCAUUGUUAUUAUUUUACUUACUACACAAUUUUGGAGAAUGUCUAUCUGAUUCUUCAUACUUGAUUGGCCUUGGAAGCUAUGACAUAACGGGACCUGCUGCUGAUGUCAACAUGAUGGGGUAUGCCAAUGUUGAACAGGUUACUUCCGGAGUUCAUUUCAGGCUGCGAUCUCGUGCAUUCAUAGUGGCCGAACCUCAGGGAAACCGUGUUGUGUUCGUAAAUCUUGACGCAUGCAUGGCUUCUCAAAUUGUUACGCUUAAGGUGCUUGAGAGAUUAAAAGCAAGAUAUGGGGACCUUUACACAGAGAAGAAUGUUGCUAUAAGUGGUAUUCACACUCAUGCAGGACCUGGGGGCUAUCUCCAAUAUGUUGUAUACAUUGUGACAUCUCUUGGAUUCGUGCGCCAGUCAUUUGAUGUCAUUGUUGAUGGCAUUGAGAAAAGUAUCAUACAAGCUCAUGAGAAUCUUAGACCAGGUUCUAUCUUUAUUAAUACAGGAGAGCUCCUGGAUGCUGGUGUAAAUCGUAGCCCUAGUGCAUAUCUCAACAAUCCCACUGCUGAAAGGAGUAAAUAUAAGUACAAUGUUGAUAAAGAAAUGACACUCAUAAAAUUCGUUGAUGAUGAGUGGGGUCCAAUCGGAAGCUUUAACUGGUUUGCAACUCAUGGAACUUCUAUGAGUCGUACGAACUCACUGAUUAGUGGUGACAACAAAGGAGCUGCAGCCAGAUUUAUGGAGGACUGGUUUGCACAGAAUUUGGAUGCUUUUGGUAAUCUUUUGACAAAUAAUUCUCAAACUGACAAAAUCCCUCGAAGAGUUUCAAGCAUUGUUUCUAAGCGUCAAAAAAACAGUAAGGAGCUGCUGGAAAUUGCUUCCUCCUUUAAGUCUCCUCAAGGAAAACCUACAACAAAAUUCUUGAGUGUUGCAAAGCGGGUAAGGAAUGCUUUCAGGCAUGCUGAUAGGCCUCAAUUUGUUUCUGCAUUCUGCCAAUCAAAUUGUGGUGAUGUAAGUCCAAAUAUUCUUGGGGCGUUCUGCAUAGACACUGAGCUGCCCUGUGAUUUCAAUCACAGUACCUGUAAUGGGAAAAAUGAGUUGUGUUAUGGGCGAGGCCCAGGCUAUCCUGAUGAAUUUGAGAGCACACGUAUUAUUGGAGAAAGGCAAUUCAGAAAAGCUGUGGAACUCUUCAAUAAAGCCACCGAGAAGCUGAAAGGAAAUAUCGGAUAUCAACAUGCUUAUGUGGAUUUCUCCAAUGUUGAGGUUUCACUUCCUAAAGCACAAGGUGGCAAUGAAGUGGUGAAAACAUGCCCAGCUGCAGUGGGAUUUGCUUUUGCUGCUGGAACCACUGAUGGGCCUGGAGCUUUUGACUUUAAGCAAGGAGAUGAUAAGGGUAAUAUCUUCUGGAGGUUAGUGAGGGAUCUUCUGAAGUCCCCAAAUCAAGAACAGAUCAAGUGCCAGCAUCCUAAGCCCAUUCUGCUUGAUACCGGUGAAAUGAAGGAACCAUAUGACUGGGCGCCCUCAAUACUUCCAGUUCAAAUUUUACAAAUUGGGCAACUCAUAAUUCUCAGUGUACCUGGAGAAUUCACAACAAUGGCUGGAAGGCGUCUCAGGAAUGCUGUGAGGAUGGUGCUUACUUCUGGACGUAAUAACGAACUUGGCAACAAUGUCCAUAUUGUCAUUGCAGGGCUGACAAAUACAUAUUCUCAGUAUGUGACUACCUAUGAGGAAUACCAGGUGCAAAGAUACGAGGGAGCCUCCACUCUCUAUGGUCCACACACACUUAGUGCAUACACUCAGGAGUUCGAGAAAUUAGCAGCUGCUCUUAUCAGUGGCCAAGCUCUUGGACCAGGGCCACAGCCCCCCGAUCUCCUAGACAAACAAAUCAGCUUACUCACGCCAGUCAUUGUGGAUGCAACCCCUCCUGGUGUGAGCUUUGGGGAUGUUAAAACUGAUAUCCCGCCUAAUUCCACCUUCAGAAAGGGUGAUAUAGUCACAGUCACCUUCUGGUCUGCUUGCCCCAGAAAUGAUCUUAUGACUGAGGGCACAUUUGCACUAGUUGAAGGACUUCAGGGGCAGAAGACAUGGUUCCCUGCUUAUGAUGAUGAUGACUUCUGCCUACGUUUUAAGUGGUCAAGGCCUUCAAAACUCAGCCCAUGGAGUUAUGGAACCAUAGAAUGGCAGAUACCAGAAUCUGCUGUUUCAGGUGUGUACAGAAUCAGGCAUUUUGGUGCUUCGAAGGCACUUUUUGGGUCAAUCAGUCAUUUCACAGGUUCUUCUAGUGCCUUUGUAGUAGAAUGAAGUGGUGAUAUGAGCAGAAAUCUCGGUGAAAAAUUGUUAACGGUAUACUAUGAUAUUCAAUAUCUUACUUGACUACGUUUCGAUAUCCAAGAUCUGUUUGUAGUUUAUCAGGAUAUGAUAUACAAUCAGUUUGAAAAA